AAAGGAGAUUUGCCCUAGACCGAAGAACGAAGAACGAAGAGAGAAUGAUAAUCCAGGUGCGCUGCGAUUGUGGCGCCCAAUGCAAGCAGUGGGCGAUCAUCGAGCUGCAGGGCUCGAUCGAGCUCCAGAACCCCGAGCAGCAGCUCCAGGGCCUGGAGAUUGGAUCGCUUUGCCGGGCAAGCGAGGACAAGUUCUCCUUCACUGUGGGUUAUCACGAGCUCGAAGGCCGCAAAAUCACGCUUAAGAAGCCAUUGCUUGUCCUCCGAAGCUCCAAAUCUCAAAAUCCCCGAGUAGAUGAAGCGCCAUCCUCACCGGAUUUGGAAGUGGUGGGCGUUGUACGGCACAAGAUCUUGUUUAAAACCCGGCCAAAGGCGCUCAUCUCAAAGCCGGAGGUGAAAAGUAAAAAGCCACGCCAGGAGUAAAUCGCCGCCACGUUGGACGUGAAGGAUUGCCACGUAGGGUCCGCGAAUUGGGGGAUGCGCGACACGCGUUCUUGCGACACUUCACGCCAACCGCGGACACGCGUCGCAAAAAUCGCUACGUUUCGCGAUGGUUUAAAACCCAAAGCUGCCUCUCCACUGGGGAACUAUCUACACACUAGAGAGCUACGAAUCUAUCAGAGGUUUGGGAUACAUUUUUUUCUUCUCUAGCUCUAGGAAGGAUCUCUCAUCUUCGUCCUCCUCUGGAAUUUCUUCCACCUCUCUUUCGAUCUUACGUUUUCUCGUAGAGAUCUAGUCGAGUUUUCGCUAGAAUGGCGAGGAAAGUAGCGCCCGCAGCUAAGAAGCACAAGAGCACGACCGGGGCAGUGGUGAAGAACAAGGUAACGAGCCCAAUGGUGAAGUUCGUGGACAUGAGAGCCGCGAGUGGCGAGAGAAUGGCGAUUGCUCGAGCGAAAAUGGCCGAGAAGUUCAAGCAUAUGAAGGCGUCGAUUCAAGUAUCUAUGGUGCGGUUCCGGCAUCCCGUCAAUCCGAUUCACAGGGUUGCCGCUCGGGAAGCUGCUCAAGAGACUAAAGCAGCAGCAACAGAGAGGAGAAAGCAAGCUGUGGCUGCUGCCAAGAACAACUCUUCAAGGAAAAGGGCGCUGAUCCGUGAGAAGCGAGCACGAAAUUUGAAGACGACUAUGGCAUAAGCGCCCGUAUAAGAAAUCACUGAUUGAGUACAAUGUACAGUACAAGCAUAUGGGUUUCGCAGUUUUGUCAUAAAUCUGUUUUCUUAUACUAGGUAUUACCAGCUUUGUGUAGUUUCUUCGACUAAAAGCAAAAGAAUCGUUUUUACAGAAAGAACUUUCAGACUAUGAUUUGUAGCUCUGUGGUGAUCAAAUAAAUGUAACAUAUAUCAUCUUUCCA